CUUGAGUGGAUCGACGUUUGCAACAACGGCGCAUCAUCAAAAGACGCGAUUUCUUUGUUGCAUGCAGCGUAACUUUUUUUCCCAUCCACGCACGCCGUGUCGAUCUACCUAUAAAAGAAGCUUACAGUACAUAUUGCACUUGUAUUGUGAAAAUCAUUAAAAGCUUGCCUGGCCUUCACAAGGAUAACAAACACCUGGAGAGAAACAGAAAAGAUGGCGCACUUCCAACUCCUCGACCCCAGAGAGGAGGAGGAACUCCAUAAGUCCCGCCUUCUCAACAUCGAGGAGAAGCCAUUCAAGCGCAUCACGAAGCGCAUGCAGACCCUUCACGCCGCUGCAAGAUGGGGGAAGCAACCGACACCAGCCAACGCGACAACGAUAGCCAGCCCGACCGCCGCCGAUACGAAUCAGAAUGGGACCACCACCAGCAGCCGACCACCGACAUCGGGCGGCGCACCACCGCCGGCGUCGGAUGAGCUGCAGAUGCUCCGACAGGAGCUGACGCUCGACUUUGCCGCCUUCGACAGCACGGUCGCGCGGCUGCAGUUCCUGAUGCGGGCCAACGAGGAGGAGCGCCGGCGGUACGGGGAGGACCGGGAGCAGAUCCUGGCCGAGUGCGAAGACGUGCGGAGCAAUACGGGGUCGCUGCGGACGCAGCUGGACGAGGCGCGCGCGCGACUCGAGCAGCGCAAGAAGUUUGACGUGCUGGCCGAAGGCAUCACGAGCAACCGCAUGUUGAAGUCGCGGGCAGACCAGGAGCGGAACCUGUCCAAGCUGGCCGAGGAGUGCGCCCAGCUCCAAGAGGAGAUCAGCCAGAACGCCACGACGCUGCGCGAGCGCAAGGACCAGUUUGAGCGCAUCAUGGAUGAGGCCCACCGCCUGCGCAGGCAGAUCCGCGACGAGAACGACGAGGUCGACCGGAGGGAGGGCAUGGGCGACGACGAGGGAGGCGAGGCGGACGGCCAUACUCCGAGGCCUGGAAUCGCGAGUGGAAAUGCCACGCCGCUUCCGCACGCCGUCCCGCAGAGGGCUCUGGCUGCAUCCACGUUAGGCAGUAGAACGCCCGCGAGGGAGAGCCCGGCUCCACAGGACUCGCUCAAGCCGACCCCCGACCCGGUGGGAAGCUUCAGUCAGGGCGGCGGUCGGAGCGAUAGUCAGGACGGCGCUGGGGCCACGCCAGCAGCGUCGACGGGUGCGGAAGCCCGCAUUGGCGAGGGCGAGGGCGAGGACAUCGAGAUGGGCGAUGUUGGCGAGAGGCAGCCUGGCGAUGACGGAACCCCAAGAAACACUGAUACCCAGGGUGAGGGUACACCACGGAUAAUGGUCGAUGGUCCGCCAGUCGUGGAGGAGAAGAUGGAUACCACCUAGCAGGAACGCUGCUUUACUACGCACAGAGUGUCAUGGUUAAGAUUGACGGCCCGCCAACGUUGCAGUGGACGCUGUGAACUUGACCAUCGGAGUGGAAAGCUAGUAAUUACAGGGCGUUGAUGUGUAAGCUAGAUCUUGACGCUGCCCCUUAAUACGAACAUCAAGUAGCAUGUCUACCUUGAAGUCUCAUUUCGCAGUACAAUUUCUGAUAGCGAAGGCUAUGUUGGACCAUGCCCUUGGUU